UAGAAUUGAAAACAAUUUUAACAACACCAUCCGGGUCUGCCGCUAACCACCUCCCAUCCCUCUCUCUCUCUGGAUUUGUCUGAAAAUGGAUGAUCAAUACGGGAUGGGAGAUCUGCGCCGCUACAUCGACGCCCGGCCUCACUUUCCGGCAAUUUCUCAGCAGCCGGAUUUCCCCUCCUGCCAUCGCUCCUCUUAUCCCUACGAUAUGCUCGUCUUUCGGCAGUCGGAUUCCACUGGCAUCGCACCUUCAGCUGACGGCGCAGCUCUUAUCAGCUUCGAUGGCGGUAUGGCCAGCGGCGGCGGAGACGGCGGCGCAGGGCGGUGGCCGAGGCAAGAAACGCUGACGCUUCUUGAGAUCAGAUCAAGGCUUGAUCCCAAGUUCAAGGAAGCCAAUCAGAAAACCCCCUUGUGGGAUGAGGUCUCUAGGAUUAUGUGGCAAGAACAUGGAUAUCAGAGGAGUAGCAAGAAAUGCAGAGAAAAAUUCGAGAAUCUAUACAAGUAUUACAAGAAGACCAAAGAAGGCAAAGCCGGCAGACAAGACGGCAAACACUACAGAUUCUUCCGACAGCUCGAAGCCCUCUACGGCACCAACAACUCCUCAUCAUCAGCUUCUCAUUUUCACAGCAAUUUUCCAAGCACCAACGAUCAAGAACCCUAUCCCGACAGCAGCCUCCCAGACUCGUGCGACUGCGACGCCACAUCAUCGCAGUGCACGGAUUCGAACGCGGAGGAUGCGAGGAUGAAGAAGAGGAGAGGGAAGAUGAGGCUGAAGGCGGAGAUCGAGGCGUCGAUUGAGGCGCAAAUGAGGAGCAUGAUGGAGAAGCAGGAGGCGUGGAUGGAGAAGAUGACGAGAGCCAUCGAGGGGAAGGAGCAGGAGCGGCUCGUGAGGGAGGAGCAGUGGCGCCGGCAAGACGCUGCCAGGAUAGACGGAGAGCACAAGAUGUGGGCUAAGGAGAAGGCAUGGAUCGAGGCGCGCGACGCGACCCUCAUGGAGGCCUUCAAUAAAUUGGCAGCAAGGGAGAUUCAGGCACCGGGGAGCGGGAUGGAAGAAAAUGGAAUAUCGGAGGAGUUGGCGUGGGAUCAUGUGAUUAAUGAUUAUCUCAUCAAAUGCAGCAGCAGCAGGAAGAAGAAGGAGAGUAAUUCUUAUGAUCAGAUUAAUGGGAAUGCUGCUGAUGCUGCUGCAAAUGAUGGCCUUUUUAGGUACUUCAUUGGAGAUUAUGAUCCUUCUCAAAGAAAUUAAAUGAAUUUGUGAUGGUUGUGUGUGUGUGUGUGAAUGUGAAUGUUUGUAAGGCUCGAUUCUAUUCUUGCUGCUGGAAGAAGAUGCAAGUGAGUUGGAUGAGGCUGCUUUCGUUGUACGAUUAGCUUUGUUGCAGGUACGUUUAUGACUUGUAAUUAAGUUGUAAUUACCCUAUGGUAAUACUCAAAUAACGUAUUUGUCAUGAA